CAUUGUUGGUGCUGCUGCCGACCGCGGCGCUCCGCUCACUUCACAUCCCGCAGCUGCGAGGGGUGGUGGCGACAACAGCGUCCAGCCUGGCGGUUGUCAGCGUUUGGUUUCCUUCUGGACAAGGACGGCCAGUCGUCCAGCUUUGACAGUGAAACUUGAUGUGCCUGUGAAUCUGAAGCGUUGUGAUCAUGACAUCCUCUGGUGCCUCGGCCGUUGUGCCUCCAUGUUUCCACUACGAAACCAAAUACAUUGUGCUGCACUUCCUGAGAAAGCUGCCUGUCCGCAGAUCACGGACUCCGACCACAGAGCUAGGAGACGCCCAGGAGGAGUGGGAGAGAAGCAGACGAAUGAAACAGCAAAUCGACGAGGAGCUGAAGCAGCUGGAGCAGGAAGUCAAUGACACGUUUUCUGAGUCGGACUUCGACCUGCGCCAGUCGGUGGUGUUCUGCCCGCCGAACCCGGACAACUCCGUGGAGGAGUGCCUCGCCGCCAUUGGGCACAGCGUGUCCCGAGAGCUCGGUCCGCAGCCCGCCGCCGUGGAGAAACUCCUGUCAGGGCCUCUGGACGACCAGAGAUUUCAGAGCACAGCUCUGGAUCUGGCCAGACUCACUGAAUCGUGCUGGAACAAGGUGUUGGUGCCGCUGCUGCUGCUGCGGGCCCUGCAGUAUGAAGGGAAGCCUCUGAAGACGCUGCUGCAGCUGGGGCUGCACUGCCUGCAGGACGACGAGGCGCAGUUCAUCAUCCAGCAGGGAGGAUGGGGUAAAGUUCUGAGCUUGGUGCAGAACGAGGACGAGGAGCCCGCGGCGGCCGUCGCCGACGACAGCAACGACAUCUACAUCCUGCCAGAGGAGCAGCAGCCCGGCACGCUCAGCACCGGCGACAGCGGCGAGCCCAGCUCCUGGCAGACGGACGUCCUGCCGGCGUCCCUGGGCGGCCACGAGUCGUGGGCGCAGGUCGACCUGAUGGACCCCGAAGACGUGAAGGACCUUCACGGCGGCGAGGGCGUGGCGCUGUCCGAGGAGCGCGAGAACAACUCCUCCAACUCCGACAUCGUCCAUGUGGAGCGGGAGGAGGCGGAACUCAUGGAGGAGGACGGCGACGGCGACACCAUGGAGAACACGAUGAGCCUGCUGAUGUCCGAGAGCGACCUGGUGGCGCUGCGGGUCGAGCUCGGAGACCCGGUUCUGCACGCACAGCCGCCAUUGUCCCUGGUGCUUCCCGAGGAGCCCGUCGCCAUGGAGACGCCUAAGAGUUUGUCCCCAGAAGCAGAAGCCCCGCCUCCUGCUGCUGGGGUAGAACCCGACCCGGAACCCGAACCCGAACCUCAACCCGAACCUCAACCUGAACCUCAACCCGCCCCAGUGCCUGUCGAGGUGGAAGCCACGACUCAAGCUGAGGAAGUCUCACCAGAACCAGCAGAACCUGAAACCCGGCCAGAACCAGUGUCCAUCCCCAAACAGAACACUGAGCCUGAACCAGAACCGGAACCAGAUUCUUCUGAGCCCCCUGCGCCAGAGGUCCUGGCUGAAAAAGUUCCGGUUCUGGAGGUUCCGAAAGAGUCGCCCCAGACCCCAGCGACACCAGAACCAGAAUCGGAGGAAGAGUUCCCGGUUCUGCUGUAUGGCGCAGCGGUUGUGGUUCUGGUCGCCGCAGUGACCUUCAGCCUGAUUCUGUGCAGGGAGGAGGUAGAAAUUAAUUAA